AUGCCAGUGUAUCCUGUGCCAACAUCAGCCGUGGAGAUCAAGCAGGACUGGGAGGUGGUGUACCAGGACACCAACGUGUAUGGGGUAGUGGGCAAAGCAGUGAUCCUGGAAUGUGGUUCUACAGUUCCUGAUAUGUACAUAUGGAGCUUCACCAAACCUGGCACUGAAGCCAUAAAAGCUGUGGUGUAUAAUUUGGGGAAAGGACCGAAGAUCCAGAAACUGGCUGAAACACUUGGACAGCUGACUAUCAUCUCAGGAAGUGCAGCUGUGAGCAUUGAAAAACUGCCUCUGGCAGCUCAUGGUUUGUUCACCUGUCAAGCCUUCUAUGACAUAGAAAAGGACCCCAAAGUCUACUAUUACUACGUGCAUCUCACUGUUCGAGUCCCUGUCAGUAAGCCAUACCUCCUGCUAAGUGACGCAUCUCCAGUGGAAGGCUCUACAAUGUGGAUGAGCUGCAAUCUGGAAAAUGGGACUGGGCCGAUCCAAUAUGUUUGGCAACGCGAAACCUACAGUGGCAACAUCACAGUUUUUGCACAGAGCAGCAGCAGCAGCAUCAACGUGACGGAUGUGAACAGAAACCACACCGGCUGGUACCGCUGUGUUGCCAGCAACGCUGUCAACAGUGAGAGCUCAAACCGGCUGUGGUUGGACACCAUCUUUGGUCCAGAUGUUCCUCAGAUAGAUGUGACUCCAUUCAGUAUAACAGAGCGAGGAUACUCAGCUCUGGAGAGAGAAACAGUUUCUUUGCUGUGUCAAGCUCAGUCCAAUCCAGCAAGUCAGUACGUCUGGUUCUACAACAACUCCCAGGUCUACACCGGGCCACAGUUCACCAUCACCAAGAUCCUCCGCAUGCACACUGGCGACUAUGCCUGCUUGGCACAGAACACCUACCUCAACACCCGCUCCAAAAAGACCAUCAGCCUGACUGUCUACUACCCACCUGAUGGCUCCCCGUCUUGCUCUGUGGAGUCGGCUCUGAAUCACACCUCUCUCAGACUGCUCUGCUCCUGGCCUGGUGGAUUACCCUCCCCUUCCCUCCAAUGGACUGGUGACCUGAGCUAUACUGGGCAAGAUCAGGUUGACAAAACACAGCAAAAAAUUCUACUCAACAGCACUACCAUCUUGCUGCCCCCUGAAAGUCUGACUUCUAACAACAGCUUUUUCAAAUGCCUGGGCUCUCAUCCUGCCCUUAAACAACUGACAGAGUGCAACACACGCACAUAUAUCCCACCUGCAGAUCCAGUGUGUUUUGCCUAUGUGACAAAUAACAAAGAGUAUCUGAUGCUGUCAUGCUCCUGGGAUGGAGGGGCCCCCAAAGCCUUAGUGUGGUGGGAUGGCCCAGGGGGACAGAGCAAAGGUGGAGAGGAAAACUCCAACAUCCUCAUCCUCCGCUAUGGCACCGUCCGCAGUGAGAAACCCUACACCUGCUAUGCUAAACACCCACUUCUGGUCCAAACCAAGACCUGCAGACUCACUUUGGAGGCCCCUGUGUUGCUGACGCAGCGCCGUGUUGUGUCUGUAUAUGAGGGGAGUGAUGUGCAGCUCACCUGCAAUCUGAGAGCCAACUAUCUUCCUGCCAAUGAGAUCACCUGGUUUAACAAUCAGGGCGUUGAUGUCCGAGACACCUCCAAGUACAUGCUGCUGCAAACGUCUGCAUGGGCAAAUCUGACCGUGAGAGACACCGAUGAGACACAAGACAGCGGCGAGUACAGGUGCUCCACUUCAAAUGCAGUGGGAGGAGCUGAAAUCAAUGUCACGUUGGUGGUCAAAAAGCACCCCAUGCCACCCAACGCAACCCUGAUCAGAGUUUCUUACAACAGUCGACAACGUAAUGAAGUGGAGCUGGAGUGGCAAGUAGCGAAUGAAAAAGAUGGAGGUUGGACAGGUUUUUUCAUCGAAUACCAAUGGGUGUCCCAACGACCAGGAAAGAGAGGAGGCAGCAAUGAUUCAAAAGGACAAAUGGAAGAGAGGACUGGUGGUUCCCAAGACUGGUACCAGAACUUCAUCCAGGAUCCAGAUGUCAGGAGUCACACAGUAGGCAGACUGACACCAGCUUAUACCUACCAGUUCCGCAUCAGGCCUAUUAACCACCGCACCAUCGGACACCCUUCUGCAGUAAAGACUCCAGCGGAACCACGCUACAAUAUGUACCCUGCUGUGAUUGGAGCAGCUAUAGGUGGGAUGCUCUUUGCAGCCAUUCUUACAGUGCUGCUGCUUGUGUUCAUAAUCCGCAACCGCCACAACAAUCCUCGUAAGUCCCACACAAGAGCAACACCAUCCUGCUUACCUGUAUGAUAAAUCCACUGGAACACAACGCAGUAUUAACGUGCCAUGUUUCUUCCUCCAGGACUACAUGACAUGCUGUUUGGCUUGU